AUGCCAUCCGGGCGCUUCUAUACAGCCAAUACAAAACAAAGAAGGCUCGCUACGGAGGAAUUGAUUAACAAUACCACGAAACGGAGGAAAUAUCAAGAUAAUAUCGAACAAUUUAUAACACAACUAAAUACAGAAAAGAGACCAGACGUUCUCCUAAAAGAAGUAUUUGAGAAAAUUAAACAAGCCGCGGAGGAUAGUGUCGGAUACAAGAGUAACCGCUCAAACAAUUACACAUACCAUGACUCAAAACUGAGAGAGAUGUCAGAACAACAAAGAGACAUCCGCCUGAGAAUCGAAAACUGUGGUAUGGAAACCAAAAAAGAGCUAAAGAAUAAACGGAACAGGCUCCUUCAUGAAAUUAGAGACAGGGGACGCCUACUAUGGAUGAAAUACUUAGAUGAUAAAGUUACUGAAAUUGAAAGACUCCCACCUGGGAACCAGAUAUUCAUGGCCACCCGAUUACUUAAUCGAGGCUCACGAAAUACCAAAAUAUCGGUAUGGGAUGAGUCAGAACACAUGAUAUUGGACGAUGAAGAUAAAGCAUCACGAAUCGCAGACCACUUCAAGAGACAAUUCCAAACAGAUGACACUUAUACACCCACAUUCAUUGGUCAUCCGCGAGGCUUAUUGAACGAAAUAACACCCUCGGAGGUCCUGGAAGCAUUUCACCGUAUGAACAAUAACAGACCUGCAGGAUAUGAUGGAGUCCCAGGGGAACUACUCAAAUACGCUCCCAACAGUCUAGCGAGCUUUUUCGCACAUAUACUGAACAAGGCGUUUGCCCAACACUGCCCACUUCCAAUCGGGACAGGAAUAAUAAUACCCGUCCAGAAACCAGGCAAACGACGGGGACCCUGUGGAAGCCUGAGACCGGUUGUAUUAGUCACCUCUCUAAGGAAAACUCUAUCGACUAUUGUUCGAAGCCGAAUAUCAAGAUCAGUCGAUCGUUAUCUCUCUUGCAGUCAGAGUGGCUUCAGACCUGGAAAAUCCACGGUCGAUAUUGUUUGGACCCAUCGCUGGAUCAAUGCAAUAUGUCAGAAGUAUAAACGAUCCUUUCAUGUCCUGGGAAUCGACAUGAGCAAAGCUUUUGAUAGUAUCAACAGGAGCAAACUACUUAUCGUGUUAAAGAACAUUAUAGAUGAAGACAGUCUACGCAUGAUACAUAUGCUAUUAUCGGAAACUCAACUUUUUGUCAGAAUUGGCCCUAAAGAAUCUAGACUAUUUCCUGCAAAUGUUGGAACCCCACAAGGGGACACACUAUCGCCUAUAUUAUUUGUCACCGGUUUUAUAGCCCACCGGGUUGGAUAA